GUACGUUGCUCCAAUCAUGCCCAAACCCCAUCUCCCUUGUUCGGUCCAGUCAUAUUCCAAAUCAUAUCCCAAAGGCCAAAACCCCACAUCCCUCUUCGUUUUUAUUUCCUUCGCAUGUAUCAGUCAACAAAGCAAGUGCUCAACAGUUCCAUGGCCGGCAUUUUUGGACGAAGGUGGGACGAAGCAGUCGGAAAAUUCAUGGACGACGGUGAGAUGGCGGGGUCCGCUAGAUCUGCAACGGCGAAGCUUGGAUCUGAAGUGGCGGCGCUCAAAUCUGCAGUGGCGGCCGGCAGCGGCUGGGGGCGGCCAGAUCUGCGGCAGUCGCCACCACCACCGCAGAUCUGGAGGUGACCAACCCGCUGGCGGUGGUGGCAGCCGGAGUUGACCACCCUGAUUCCCGUUGGCAACAGUAUGUUUGGGCAAGAUUGAGGGGUAUAUAUGUCCAACUACAAAUAAUAAGUCCUAUUUUGGAAAAUUUUAAACUUUACUCUUUCAGCAAUUAAAGUUCUUUUUACUCCUAUUUGGGUAAAUACCUCUUCAAAGUAUCAUAUGUAAUUGAGAUAAUGAGACCUUUUCAGUUGAUGUAUUGAUAUAUACUCUUCAAAGUAUCAUAUGUAAUUGAGAUAAUGAGACCUUUUCAGUUGAUGUAUUGAUAUAUACUCA